AUGGUUCACAAGCGCACCCUGCCCGAGGCGCGCAACCCGCUUCUCCUGCCAGAGCACACCCCGCAGCUCGACAUCCUCGCCGAGCGCCGCCGCCUCGGUCAGACCAACCUUCACCUCAAGACCGGCCAGGUCGGCACCACAAACGCCGCAAAGCCCGAGAACCUGGGCCUCUUCGACUAUGCUCACUUGCGCGCUCCUCUGCCCAAGGACCUACAAGGCUCGGGCGUCUUCUCCCUGCAGAAGAAUGGCGCAUACCCGGAGUCGUAUUUCUUGAUGCGUCGUAGCAGCGAUGGUUAUAUAAGUGCGACGGGCAUGUUCAAGGCUGCGUACCCCUGGGCAACUCUCGCGCAAGAAGAGGCCGAGCGCAACCACCACAAGACCCUCCCCACCGCGGGUGACGAGGAAGUGGCGGGCAACGUAUGGAUUUCGCCUGAAGACGCUCUCAGCCUCGCGGAAGAGUAUGGAAUGAAAGCGUGGGUGGUCGCGCUGCUUGACCCUGCGCCCAUUGAGAAGGGUGCCAAGGACAAGGGCUCGGCCGCAAACGACAUCGCGACUCCCCCGCGCUUCGUCGUACCGGACAAGGGAUCUUUGUUCCCUCCUGCGACGGGCUCCAUGCGCACGCGCAGCAGAGAGCUACGCUCUGCAUCUCCCAGCAAGACGGCGGCGCCGCGCAAGAUGGCAUCACCGCGCAAGCCGCGCACGACGCGCAAGACGGCCAAGGCCGCGGACGCAGAGGCGGCGACGCCAGCAGGCAGCACCAGCAAGCUCGCGAAGGAGGUGGAGGACGGCACGCCCGCGCCAACCGAUGCGACGGAGUCCGUAAACGGCGACGCCGCAGCGGAGAAGGGGCUUACGCCUGUGCCGGAGAAGGUGCAAGUCGAGGUCGACGAGUCGGUGCGGACAGACGGCGAUGUCGAGACAACCACGACGACAGUCAAGGUGGACGUGCCGGCGGAGCACCCCGAGCUGGCGAUCCCUGAAGACCCACAAGAGAUGAUCGCGAGGGCGCGCGAGAUGGUGGAAGCGGCGAACAAGGCGGAAGGGCGGGGCGACGACGCCAAGGCGGCGACGAAGCGCAAGGCUGACGACGUGGAGAUGGACGACGCGGAGGGCGCGGGGCUGGAGAUGCAGCAGCCGGCGAAGAAGACAAAGGUGCUGCAGGAGGAGCUGAAGAAGGAGAAGGUCCGGACGAGGGCGUUCAUGGGGCUGAGCGCGACGCUCGCGAUUGGCGCCAUGAUUCCCUUCUUCCAGAGCUUGCUCUGA